AUGGGUGGAGGUUCCUCCUCUCUACGGACGAAAAGCCGAUCGUCCGCCGAUCUGGAUCGCCUGAAGCCAACAGCUGAGCAGAGAACGCCGCGAACAAGGAGCCGGCUUACAUCGCUUGCUCAGUCAUCGUCUAAACAUCUUUCGAAGUUAUCGUUCAAGCGAAAAAAUGGCAAUCGCGAAAAAGUGAAGUCUUUUCGUGAUUUGAUCUCGUCUUGGCCAAUUCAUGACAUCGAAACACUGUACAGAGAGUUGGAGACGUCACGUGUCCUCUCAUUGUUUCAAAAUGCAGCUGAUCAUGCUCGUCCAGCUGUUUUAAGCUUGGAGGAGCAGCUCUUCUCAAGUGCAAAUAAGGAUUUUGUUCUGAUAGUUGACAACGCCGCAUACCCCAUACAUCGUCGUAUAGCUAUUGCGAGAUGUGAUUUGAUACAGGAGUUAUUGAGUCAACAGAACGUGUCUGAAUUGCAUUUGUCACCUCCGUAUGGUAGACGUCUUACCAAACAGGAGCUAUGAGACCUAGCUGUUGAUUUGUGCACUGCGGAGAAGAUGGCUUCGAAGGAUGGGGAUCUUAAGAUUAUCCUCGCAUCUCCGAAUUCCAACGAAGAAAAACCAGCGAAAGCUUGCAUACCAGACUACAGCAUUCGUUGCGAUUCUUCGAUAGUAGCAUCUAGAAGUGAGGUUUUUCGAGGACUCCUCAAGCACAUUGGAGAAGGGAACAGUGUUGUACUUGACGAGACUCUGUUGCCUCGAGGCUUUGCGACUGUGCUCAUUCAUUUUCUUUACACUGAUGAGCUUGAUUUUUCAUUGGUGCUGUUCUUUGUUUUUACAGCGCAUGAUACCUCGAAUGAACCGGAUUUCUUUAAGGUCCCCGAAACUACGUUAUCGCAGUCCUCUUUAUCGGAGGCGCGUGCUAUUGUUGCAGGACGAGCCCCACAUUCUCCUUUGCACUAUGCCAUACAACUUAUCCACAUCGCUAAAUUUUUUAUUUUGGAAAAACUUGCCCAACUUUGUGAGGAUGUCAUCGUCUCGGCUCUUUGCCAGGAAAGUUGCGUCUCAAUUCUGAGCUGGGCAAUUGAUGGAGGAUCACAAUAUGUUGCUCAACGUGCACAAAGGUUAGCAUACUUCCCAUGCUGA